UCAGUCGACGAGGCGGUAGUGAUACGUUAACAGGGUAAGGUAAUUCUGCUUUGUGAACGAACGUGUGCGUCUUAUUCGGAGCACUGUGGGGAUAUCCGAGUAGAAGCAUCCUAUAUUAACCAUUUCAGAACAUUUUAAAAAAUGGCAACUCACUCAAUUCGACGCGCCACUCAUGAUGAUUUCGAUGAGUUGAUGCAGAUAGGCGAUGUAUACCAAGGGAUGGACUAUCUGGGGCAUCGUUACCACGCAUACAUCGACGACCCCAACAACAGAUCCUACGUCUACAUGAUCGGAGAUGAAAUUAUUGCUCUGUGCAUGGCCUUCAUUAUUGAUGACGGGCAGACCUUCAUGAUCAGAGGAGCCAGGACGAAGGAUGGUUUCCGAGGACAAGGAAUCUACGGCAAACUCAACAAAUAUGUUUAUGCUGAAUAUGUGGAUAUCGCGUCUGUCAAAUAUGAUGUAAUGACGACUAACAAUCUCAACUUUGACGUUAAUAAAGAUCGUCUUUUGAAAAACCACACAGAAUUGAAUAGGAAGAGCCUUGUCCACGGUCGAUUCAAGAUGUCAGAUCUACACCUUCAUGAGCUAGAAGGACCAUAUCCGAUCUUGCAACAAAUGACGUCAGAAGAUCUGCUGGACUUGUUUGCUUCUGAAGGAUCAAGCAAAAGUCUUUUUCCUGCGAAUAAGAUUGUGAUAGAUUGGAUACCACUCCGUUUCCUCCCCAGCAAUAUGAAGUACAUAUUGGAACCGGAGGCAUUGUGUCUCAGGUCAAAAGGCAGCAACGGCGAAACAACAUUACUCACGUUUGGCACUCCAAGUAACUGUGAACUAGGUGUGCGGUACAGCAUGGAUAUAUUUGGAGAUGAUGUCACAGACUUUCCGUAUCACGUGAUACGGCAUAUGAGACACGUGGGCACCCUGACGAAGGGUUACGUGUUUCUGCAGAUGGGCAUAGAGGAGAAGUUCAAAGAGAUCGCAGUCAAUGUUCUCCCACUUCUAAAUCUAACACCUUUCGAUUUUCCUUGGACAACCCAGAUUAACUUUGAAAGCAAGUUUAAAGUUAAAAAAUGACGAACGAGUUUUAAGUACUGGUGUUUCGCGAAUAUCUGUGUUUUCAUAAGUCAAAAACAGAUACUUAUGAUUCUUGAAAAACUGAGAAUGGAUUGAGUUUAACUUUCAGUUUGGUAUGUUAAUGGUAAACGCUCUGUGUAAUACAUUCCACGAUUUUACACAAGUAAAGGGAUCACUGGCCCAUCAUCCAAUGGUUGUGUACAAGUACAUGUGUAAAUAUUAAGUCCACACUUUAUAAAUAAGUCAAGAGGUGUCAAAAGCAAUUUCUACCUAUAUUGAUACGCAGUACAAUCUACCUUUUGUUUAUUAUUAAUAUCUACAUCUAUAUUAUAUGUACUAUCCUUUCCUUGAAAUUCUUCCUCAAAUCAAGCUUGCUAUGGGCCUUUGAGACGUUCAUCAGUUACCAAGUAAACCAAUCUAAACGUCCAAGGUCAACUGUGCUGUCGCUGCCUCUCCUACCUCGACAAUAACAA